AUGAACGGCGACGCCUCCCACUCCAAGAAGAAGCCGAAGCUCUCCCCGCCCGAAAUCUCCGCCGAAUUCUCCCACCACGACCCCGCCGUCGCCCGCAUCAACAACGGCAGCUUCGGCUGCUGCCCGCGCUCCGUCACCGCCGCCCAGCGCGACUGGCAGCACCAGUUCCUCCGCCAGCCGGACAACUUCUUCCUCAACCUCCUCCAGCCGGCCAUCUCCCGCUCCCGCUCCCUAGUCGCGUCCCUCGUCAACGCCCCGCACGUCGACCAGAUCUCCCUCGUCGACAACGCCACCACCGCCGCCGCGAUCUUCCUCCAGCACUGCGCCUGGUCCUUCGCCGAGGGCCGAUUCAACCCCGGGGACGCCGCCGUCAUGCUCCACUACGCCUACGGCGCCGUGAAGAAAUCGGUGGAGGCGUACAUCACCAGAGCCGGAGGCCACGUCAUCGAGGUCGAUCUCCCUUUCCCCGUUAAAUCCGAGGACGAAAUCAUCACCGAGUUCCGCAAAGCCCUGGCGAAGGGGAAGAGCGAAGGGAGGAAGGUGAGAAUCGCGGUGAUCGAUCACGUGACCUCGAUGCCGGCUGUUGUAAUCCCAGUAAAAGAAUUGGUCAAAAUCUGCAGAGAAGAAGGCGUGGAGCAGGUUUUCGUCGACGCCGCCCACGGAAUCGGGUGCGUGGACGUCGACGUGCAGGAAAUCGGGGCCGAUUUCUACACCAGCAACCUCCACAAGUGGUUCUUCUGCCCGCCGUCCGUCGCCUUCCUCUACUGCCGCAACCAAUCGAACGCCGGGGGGGACACGCAGUUACAAUUGCAUCACCCGGUUGUGUCGCACGAGUAUGGUAACGGGCUCCCCGUGGAGAGCGGGUGGAUUGGGACGAGGGACUACAGCGCGCAGCUGGUGGUGCCGUCAGCGGCGGAGUUCGUGGAGAGGUUCCCCGGCGGGAUCGAUGGAAUCAAGACGGCGAACCACUCGGCGGUGGUGGAGAUGGGGGAAAUGCUGGCGAAGGCGUGGGGGACGAACCUGGGAUCGCCGCCGGAAAUGUGCGGGAGCAUGAUCAUGGUUGGGUUGCCGGCUUGUUUGGGGAUUGGGAGUGAGUCGGAUUCGUUGAAGCUGAGGACCCAUUUGAGGGAUUGCUUUGCGGUGGAAGUGCCGAUCUACUUCAACAAGCGCCGCCAUGAUCGUCGUGGAGAAGAAGAGGCAGGAGGGGUUAUUACUGGGUAUGUUCGGAUUUCCUAUCAGGUGUACAACAAGGUUGAAGACUAUGAGAGAUUGAGGGAUGCUGUUGAUAAGUUGGUUAACGAUGGGUUCACCUGUGCUUCCCUUGUCGAGCCCGAAUCGGAUUGA